AUUUACUACUCGUCGUAAUAUCAUUUCUUUUCCUCAGUUCUAAUCUGGAAUACACCCCUGGAUUCAAUCUCAUCCCGAAUAAAUAAUAGAAGCAGUCAUCUCAUGGAAGAUGGAGCAGAGACCUGGCAAUGAUGCAUGGCAAAGCUGCUCGAGCAUUAUUUGGCGGUGAUAAGAUCAACGGUCGGCCCUUAGCGGGUUUGUCCAUUUGACUGCUGUCGAUCGCUUCAUUAUUUAAUGUUUACCCCGCUACCUACUUCAAUCGGUUGGGUUUUCGCCUUUCAAAGAGCAUCCACCACUCCGUCUCCACGCCCUCAACCUAGAAUGCUUCGCUAGAAUAUCCGUCAACUGCAUUGUCAUUCCUCUUGUUCAUUUUUUCAAGAUGACUUCCGCCAGCUCAGUGGCCAAGGAUGCCCCCAUCUACCAGCCGCGGAACUAUCAGCUGGAGAUGUUUGAAGCGAGCAUGAAAGAGAAUAUUAUUGUUGCAAUGGAUACAGGGAGUGGGAAAACAAACAUAGCCCUUUUGCGAAUUGCUGGAGAGCUGGAGAGCGAUAAUGCAGGAAAGCUGAUCUGGUUCCUGGCGCCCACGGUCGCAUUGUGUGGUCAACAGCACAAAGUCAUCACUGAAAAUAUUCCCGCUGUGCGAGCAAGGACACUGACUGGCCUAGAUAAGGUGGAGCUCUGGACUAAUCAAAUCAUUUGGGAUGCUGUAUUGAAGGACGUUCAAGUUGUGGUCUCGACCCAUGCCGUCCUGGCAGAUGCGAUGUCCCAUGGAUUUGUGAAGAUCUCUCAGCUAGGCCUCAUUAUAUUCGAUGAAGCUCACCAUUGCAUGCGUCGUCACCCGGCAAAUAAAAUAAUGCAGGAGUUCUAUCAUCCCACUCUGGCCAAGUUGGGCCGCGAUGCUGUUCCUCGGAUUAUGGGCCUCACGGCUAGUCCUGUGGUUAGAUCAAGCAAAAUAGAUUUGCUCACUAUCGAGUCGAAUCUCGACUCAAAAUGCAAGACCCCUCGCAUCCAUCGACAAGAGCUCCUAGAAUAUAGCAAUAGACCGAAACUGCAGCAGAUUUGGUACACCCCGCUUGAUACGGACGAAGUACAUGGGACCAAAUCUCUGAAUGCCCUUCGAUACGCGUGGGAGACGUUGGACCUCAACUAUGACCCAUACGUCCAAGAGCUUCAAAAAGAUCCCAGCAACCUGGCCACCCUGCAGAAAACGCUUUUAUCCCGAAAAACGUACUGCAACGGGCAGAUCAAAAAGCUGCUCGAUCGCAGCGAUCACCUCUUCCACGAACUUGGAGGAUGGGCUGCUGACUAUUACAUACAUGCGUCUAAGGAUCAGGUGAAGUCAAAGAUAUAUGAAUCAUCUAUGAUGAUGGACUGGGCAGAUGCAGAGAAAACUUACCUGAUUGAUUUUAUGGAUCGCUUGCCGGAACCAGAUAUUUCUCUUGGAAAUUUCCGUCUCUCUCCCAAAAUGGAGGCGUUGAUCAAGUUUUUGGAUAGCAUGGAUGAUCCCCAGUUCUCAGGUAUUAUCUUUACAAAGCAAAGGGUCACGGUAAGUGUGAUGGAGAGACUGUUGUCUGUCCACCCGGCUACCAAGUCUCGCUUCCGGUGUGCUGCCUACGUUGGCUGGUCCAAUGGUAACUCACGCAAGGAACUCAUCGGCGAGCUUCUCACUCUGAAGUCGCAGCAGAAUACUCUGGAUGAGUUCCGUGAUGGGCGUAAAAAUCUCAUCAUCGCUACUGAUGUGUUAGAAGAAGGAAUAGACAUCAGUGCUUGCAAGGCGGUCGUCUGUUAUGACAAGCCGCCUACCCUGAAGUCGUUCGUGCAGCGUCGAGGCCGUGCUCGACAGAAACAGUCGGUAUACGCAAUCUUGCUUUCGACAAUGGAUGAAUCAGGAAAUCUGUCCAAGUGGCAGAUCCUCGAGAAAGCAAUGAUCGAAGCUUAUCAAGAUGAUGAGAGACAACUUCAAGAGGCACGAUGCCUAGAAGAGCUCGAUGAGGAUGUAGGAGGAAGACUUGUGGUCGACUCUACAGGUGCUGUUCUGAUCCCCAAUGAUGCGUGCGCUCAUCUCAAUCACUUCUGUGCCAUCCUUCCCCGCGAGGCUUAUUCCGACAACGCGCCAAAAUUCUCCUUUGAGACUAACGAUUAUGGGAAGUUGAAAGCAACAGUCACUCUACCGAGUUGUGUGCAUCCAGCGGUCCGUCGAGCUUCCGGCGAGCAGUGGUGGAAUUCGGAGCGAGCAGCGGUCAAGGAAACGUCUUUUCUUGCCUAUAAAGCUCUUUACAAAUUUGGACUGGUGACUGACAAUCUCCUUCCAUUGACGAAAAAGCCAGAGUUCACAAUGUGCGAAAUGAAUGAGAUGCCUGCCAUAGUGGAAGUGUCGGAACAAUACGACCCAUGGGCGCACUGGGCAUCUUCGUGGUCGUCCCCCGACAUCCACCAGACACGCAUUGCCGUGCGAUUACAGGGCAACGAGAGCUAUGAGAUGCAUAUGAAACUGACUGUGCCGGUUGUCUUACCACCUUUGCUACCAUUGACGUUAUACUGGGACAAUGAGACCACAUUCUUGUUGUCGUUUGAACCCCCAGAGCGAAUGGCCGUGUUCCCACCCGAUAUCGUGGAACAUAUGAGAGAAGUAACCGCAGUGUAUCUUCAGGCCACAGCGAGGGGGGAUUUAAGACCUGGUCGUGAUUUUGUAGCGUUGUUUGGACCGGAGCUGUCUCAUGACGAAUUGGGAGAGUGGCUUCACAAAUACCAGGGGAAUGAGCCAGCCCGAGAUUCCUUCAACCGCAAUGAUAGCUCAGAGUCCAUGGGCAUUGUUCGGGAUGAAGCGCGCUACGGCGAGCCAUUCUUGUUCAAGAGGUGGGUUUUGUCGGAGCAUGAUUCUAACAUGGUUGGACUCGAGUGUGAAGCACUUCCCCGCCGCCGAAACUUUUUACAUCGACAGACCCUUGCCGUCAAUAAGCAGUUUCACCCGGAUGGUCUGGACGGCUCUGACACGUCCACAAAACUAUGCAUUAUCUCAGCGGAAACAUGCACUGUGGAUAAACUCUCCUUCUCGAAUGCUGUUUUCGGACUGUUUAUAUCUCCCAUCAUGGACCGGUUGGAGGCAACGAUGAUUGCAACCAGCCUAUGCGAGACAAUUCUCCAGAACCUGGGCUUCAGUGCCAUAGAACAUGUCAUCACAGCGAUCACCACGCCCUCCGCCCUAGCCUUGACAAAUUACCAGAGAUACGAGUUUCUUGGGGAUUCCCUCUUGAAGUACACCGUCAGCAGUCGGCUGUACUAUGAGCAACCCAAUUGGCACGAAGGCUAUCUAUCCGAAAAGCGGAACUCCAUCGUCCAAAACUUCCGCCUUGCGCGCGCAGCUCUUGAGUUGGGUCUCGACUCCUUCAUCAUCAGCAAGAGCUUCACACCACGCCGAUGGACGGCCCCGCUGAUCUCCGAGAAAAUGAUCCACGUCGCUGCCCGGCGAAGCAUGUCCAGCAAGGUUCUUGCGGACGUCGUCGAAGCGUUGAUCGGUGCUGCCUUCCUAGAAGGCGGAUACUUCCAAGCCGAAGCCUGUAUCCAUCGCUUCUUGCCAGAAGUCACACCCCCGAGCCCCGAGCCCCAGGGCAAGACCUCCCACCUCCCAGCAAUCCGCCACAAGGAGACCUUCCGCUACCUCAUGGACGAUCCCCUUCAGGAGCAAAUUGGGUACACGUUUAACGAGGACUCUCUCCUCUUCGAAGCCCUAACCCACCCCUCCUGCCAACACGACGCCUUCACGCAAUCCUAUCAACGCCUCGAAUUCCUCGGCGACGCCGUCCUCGACAUGCUCAUCGUGCCCACGAUCUUCCAGCACGCCCCCGAACGCUUCUCCCCCGGCGACAUGACGCGCAUCAAGCACGCCGUCGUGAACGGGAACCUCCUCGCCUUCCUAUGCAUGGAGUUCGCACUUGAAAGAGAAUCUACGGACGUCCAACGAACCCCCUCGGGAGACUUCACGCUCCGGACCAAGAGAACCCCCGUCGAGCUCUGGCGCUUCAUGCGAUGCGAAGGCGUCGAGAUGAAACUCGCCCGCGACAGAGCCCUCACCCGGUACCACGCCCUUCGCGACGAAAUCGCAAUCCAACUAACCUCCGGCACGCAUUAUCCAUGGGAGCCCCUGGCGAAACUCAACGCGGAUAAAUUCUUCUCGGACGUCAUCGAGAGCAUCAUCGGGGCUAUCUAUGUGGACUCGAACGGCAACCUGGAGGCCUGCGAGCGCUUCAUAGAGCGGAUUGGUCUGUUGGCGUAUCUGCGUCGGCUCCUGCAGGAUGAGGUGGUUGUGAUGCACCCGAAAAACCUGGCGUUGCAGUUGGUGACGGAGGCACGAUUCAAUGUGCAGAGGGUUCCGGGGGAGUUUAGUGGGCAGGAGGCGACAUAUCGUUGUGAGGUGAGAUUGGAUGACGUGGAUACUGUUGAUGUAGAGGGGUGUUUGUCAACGGAGGAGGCGGAGGUGAGAGCUGCUAAUAUGUUUAUUGAAUGGUUUAUGGCAAAGGAGAGAGGCGAGACUGUUGAUGCUGUGAAGUGAGAGGAGAUUGUGCUCUCGCUUCCUUGACUUGAGUGGUUGAUAUUUGCCUUGAUAUCUGAGAACAUUUCAUGGAUUUAUAAUUGUGUUAGCCUAGGAUAUGAGAUUGUGAGCUUGUUUUUUUUCU